AUGUCCGGAUCAUUGACGUUUAAGGUUCACCGGCAGAAGCCUGAGUUAAUUUCCCCAGCGAAACCAACACCGAGAGAAAUAAAACUUCUCUCUGACAUCGACGAACAAGAAGGACUAAGAUUUCACAUUCCUACUAUCUUCUUCUAUAGACAUAGCACUAAAGCUUCUGAUCCAGUCGCAGGGAUUCGGAGAGCCCUCGCGGAGACGCUGGUUUACUACUACCCGUUCGCAGGUAGGCUUCGGGAAGGACCGAACCGGAAACUCUCCGUGGACUGCACCGGUGAGGGCGUUUUGUUCAUCGAGGCAGUUGCUAACGUGACGCUUGUGGAGUUUGAAGAGAAGGAUGCUCUUAAGCCUCCUUUCCCUUGCUUCGAAGAGCUUCUGUUUGACGUUGAAGGUUCUACUGAAGUGCUUAACACUCCUUUGAUGCUCAUGCAGGUCACGCGCUUGAAGUGUGGGGGUUUUAUCUUUGCCACCCGUAUCAACCACGCAAUGUCCGACGCCGCCGGUCUCUCGCUCUUCCUCAAAACGAUGUGCGACUUUGCGCAAGGUUAUCAGGCACCUACGGUUGCUCCGGUGUGGCAACGUCACCAUCUGAGCGCAAGGAUCCCGUUUCUUGUGUCACACGUACACCGCGAGUAUGACGAAAUGCCGGUUAUUAGUAUGGAAAACGACGGUAAGGGAGAGAAUAUGGUUGGCCGGUCAUUCUUCUUCGGCCACAGGGAGAUGUCCGCAAUACGGAGGCUCCUCCCACUGAAUCUUGCUAAUAGCAGUACCGAUAUGGAAACGCUAACGUCAUUCCUAUGGCGAGAUCGCACCAUUGCUAUACGACCUAAUCCGAACAAGGAGAUGCGACUUAUAUUGAUCGUAAACGCGCGUAAUAAGCUUAAAACCGCACCGCUGUCUCCAGGAUACUACGGAAACGCGUUUGCCUUCCCGGUUGCGAUUGCGAGAGCUAGAGAACUAACUGAGAAACCGUUAGAGUUUGCUCUGAGACUAGCAAAAGAGGCGAAAUCUAGUGUGACUGAAGGGUACAUGCGAUCACUUGUUAAUCUGAUGGUGACAAAAGGAAGACCAAGCUUCUCGUCGGAUGGAGCCUACUUGGUGUCGGAUGUGAGAAUUUUUGCAGACAUCGGUUUUGGAAUUUGGGGGAAACCGGUUUACGGUGGAAUAGGGACGGCCGGAGUAGCAGAUUUUCCAGGGGCUAGCUGCUGUGUUUCAGCUGAGAAGAUAAAUGGCGAGAAAGGGAUCAUCGUACCAGUUUGUUUGCCAGAGAAGGCGAUGCAAAGGUUUGUGAAAGAGCUCGAGGCCGUGUUUAGCAGUCAAUUUUCAUCCAAUGGAGGAAAAGCCCCGUAAAUGAUUAUAUAUAUAAACAAGACUCUAAUGGAUGUUCGUCUUUGGAUCAGAAAUUAACAACAACACCAGGUUGUUACUAGACAAUGUGUAAUGUGAGGGAAGAAACAAGUUUGUUUAAGAACUUCCUUGUUCUAGCCAUUGGACACUACUGUAUGUUUAUUUUUUCCUCUAUCUUGUGGAUUGUAUAUGCAAAACUUAUUUU